ACACGGAUAGUGUAUUGUAUCCGUCCGAUCACUGACCAACCCGCUAUAUAUAUAGACCUUCACAACUUCUCCAUUCAAAACUUUAGAUUCUAUUUCCCAACUUUCAGCGAACGAGUUCUUGAAGAGAAGAAAGCAAAAGUUUCGAGAUGGCACGUACAAAGCAAACCGCUCGUAAGUCUACAGGUGGAAAGGCACCAAGGAAGCAACUUGCAACCAAGGCUGCACGUAAGUCUGCACCAACUACUGGUGGUGUCAAGAAGCCACAUCGUUAUCGCCCUGGAACUGUUGCUCUUCGUGAGAUUAGGAAAUAUCAGAAGAGUACUGAGCUUUUGAUCAGGAAGCUCCCAUUCCAGAGGUUGGUUCGUGAAAUUGCUCAGGACUUCAAGACUGACCUUCGUUUCCAGAGCCAUGCUGUUCUUGCAUUGCAAGAAGCUGCUGAGGCAUACCUUGUUGGACUCUUUGAGGACACCAACUUGUGUGCUAUCCAUGCCAAGCGUGUUACUAUUAUGCCCAAGGAUAUUCAGUUGGCACGUAGGAUCCGUGGUGAACGUGCUUAAGGAUGCUGGAUUUGGUAAUGUUUAGAUGGGUGGCUGCCUGAUAGUGUUUUGUUAUUGAAACGAUUAGUUGUUUAGGGAAAUACCGUUUAUUUGUAGACUGAUUAAUUGUCUUGAUAGGAAUAUACUACUAUCUUAAUGUUAGAUUUGGGCUGUAUUUGCUUUCAAUCACUUUGAAUUUGUUGAAUGUUCUUGUUCUUACUGGGUAUAUGCAGCCACUCUGUUUUUGUA